AUGUUCUCCACCUUUUCCGCCAAUGUCAACUCCACUGAUCGCCCCUCGGAGCAACCCGCUGCCGCACCCCGUCCCAGGCGUAACCAGGUUGUUCGAGCCUGCGACUGGUGUCGUCUUAAUCGCAUCAAGUGCGAUGAUAAACAACCCUGCCAGAAUUGCAGGACACAGGGCGGCUACUGCAGUAAUUCCAAGCCAUUUGAACCCCAUUCACUGCCGGUUGCGAAUCGGGAAAUCCACCGACUGCGCAAUCGACUCAAAGACCUCGAAGAGCAGCUAAAUAAAGCGACUGAGAAAUCGAAAAAGCACGCUACAGACACGAAAUCUCCAUCCCCGGAAUCCCCCAAUACCUCUGAUUCCAAGUCCUCCCGUAUUGCAGUGUCUUCUGAACUUCCGAGUUCAUAUCGCAAGACAUGGGACGGUUUUCAGAAUCCGGACUCGCGAACUGGUCGGGUGAUCUACUAUGGCCCUCAAUCAUCGCCGUACAUGGUUAUGCGCCUGAACCAGUACAUGUCCCAAUCGUCCAAUCAGCUACAUCUCAAGUCUCCUCUUUCGGUUCGUAUCUCGCAGAUGCACCGUCACUCUCCCGAAAUUUCGCAGGAGCAGUUGUCGGACGAAGCAGAACAGCCCAGUCUUCGCCUCAGACUAGCUGAGGUCGAGGACCUGUCUCGGGAGCUAGAGGAGCACUUCCUAGUGCUUAUGUGGCAGGCCUAUCAUUGGAUGUAUCCUAUCGUUUUAGAGGAAGAUUUCCGAAAAUAUUACGAUUCUCUUUGGGCUGGAAAUGACGGCCAAAGCCCGCGCCAGCCCUCCGCACUUGUGGACGGCUUGUUGGCUGUCUGCAUACAGUACGGCAGCACUUUUCUGGUCGGAGAUGGGGAUAUGGCGGAUGACGAAACAGAAUCCCAGGCCACUCACUUUACUACCGCUGCGCAUGCUUUUUAUCGUCGGAGUCAGCGUGUGCUGAUGGAGACAUUAGAGCAUCCUUCGAUCCAGUCACUACAGAGCCAUAUUUACUGCAUCAUCUACCAAUACAACACCGCCAAUUUAGACACCGCUCACAUUCUCCUCGGAUUGGCUAUCAGAAUUGCUCAUAUGCUGCGCUUGCACCUACAACCUCUGGGACCUCUACCGAAGGCGACGCAGGAGCUGUAUUCUCGGAUCUGGUGGACUUUGUACCAGUUAGAUAGCCAGAUCUCGAUGACUCUUGGCCGUCCCCCACUGAUCAACCUGGAUGAAGUUGGAUGUGCAAUGCCGACAGACACAGGUGACGCGGUGCAACUGUCAGCCACCGUGUUGGUAUUCCCUCCGGAAGAGGAUCUAAGUUGGCUCGGCUUCCACGUACAGUAUCUCCGCCUGGUAGCCGCAGCGCGCGGGGUCAACGCUGCGUUCGGUACGCGCUGUGCCGAGCUGUUACAGACCAAAGAUUUCCAGGAUAUCCAUGAGGAUCCACCAACACUCGAGUUGCUCGCAAGAUUCAUGGGCAGCGCAAACCGUCCGAUGUAUGAUUGGAUGCAGAAUGUGCCGCGGUCCCUCAAGAAUGAACGCAAAGGCUCAGGCGUGGCCUUUUCGAUAGACCGCACGGCGCUUAAUCUGAGCUCUACUACACCUCUUUGGUUGCAACGUCAACGGCUUCUGUUGGAAAUUAUCUAUCAUCAUCUGCAACUCUCCAUAUUCUGCCCCUUUAUCCGCUUUCCUCCGCGCGGCGCGUCCCUCACCCCCCUGACCGAUGGUCAUGGUAUUAAUGCUCUCAACCACGCUGUUAUGUUAACUCAUAUUUUGAGUCAGGUUCUAUCAGAAACGGACCUACUGUGUGGAUGGACUUCGGCCUUCCAAUAUCAGUGGGAUGCUACCAUCUGCAUCAUUUCAUUUGUAUUGGCAAAUCCAGUCUGUCCCCCGACCCCAGCCGCCCGUAAAAUCUUGCCAGCGGCUUUCCAGAGUCUGGAUAUCCUCGGCAAGUCUUUCACACCAGCCACGAGCAAUAUUCGGCUUGUCUGGGAGCAAUUCUAUGCUAGCUCAACCCCACGUAAGUGGUCCCAGCUCACGCCUCCAAACCAGAGCACCUCAGACACACCGGUACUGCCUCCAGCAUCAGUGCCGUCUUCCGCUGACAUCGCUACCCCUACUAGAGGGCUUGGCACUGGGGUAGGCGUGAUGGAUUCUACCCCACAGCUGAACUAUGCAUUCUCUGGAUUGCCGACCUCAACCAAAUUUUCAUCCAAUAUGAUGAUGGGGUACGACUUCUCUGAUCCAGCCACCAUUACUCCCCCGCUGGAUCUCAUGGGCACAUCUUUCAACAUACCCAUUGAUCUGUCGAUGGAGCCUGGCAACGAGUGGAUGUCGAAUAAUGCGAUGUCAAUGGAUUCCUGGGAAGGAUAUGGGUCUCAAUGA